AUGGAGCAUCAUUUACUGCAGUACUCAGAACUAACAACAUUGAUGCUUCCUAAAGAUGAAUAUCUGAAUGACGAAGAAAACCGUGAACUGUAUGGUCUUUGCAAUAAUCCAAAUGGACAUGGACAUAACUAUAAAGUUGAAGUAAUCGUCAAAGGAGAGGUGGAUCCUGUCACGGGUAUGGUAAUGAAUAUAAGUGAUUUAAAGAAGUACAUUAAGAAACAUGUGCUAGAUGAAAUGGACCACAAGCACCUUGACCUCGAUGUCGCCCAUUUCAAGAAUACCCCGAGUACUGCUGAAAACAUUGCUAUCUUUAUAUGGGAUCAACUGAAGAACUGUUUGCCAGAGGGGCUGCUGUAUGAGGUCAAAGUUCAUGAAACAGAUAAAAAUGUGGCUUUUUAUCGAGGGGAGUGA